AUGAUGCAAUCAGAUAAUUUUCCACCUUCUUCAUGGCCAUUCGAAAGCUUCUUGAAUUCAAGCAUUGAUCAGUUCGAAGUGCAACCAUAUGGGCACAAUAUGGGUAAAAAUUUUGAUGGUUGUGAAUUCUCUUCUUCAUUCAAUACCAGGGAGGAUUCCCCUGAAAUUUCCCAUUUCUCUACAAUGUUCUCUGGUGAGAUUUUCCCAUGUAAUGAUCAUCUUCAGGAAUUUUUAGUUCCCUUGGAAGGGCUUGAUUCUAUGUUGACUGAUGGGAUUGAGGAUCUAUAUGAUUGUUUGGAUGAGGGUGAAGACAGCUUUGGUUCAAUGAUGCCAUUGUCCUCUCAAAGUCAAGAUGUAUGUAGCCCUAGUGCAUCCGUAAGAUCUAGUGAGGCAUCCACUGAUAUGACAUCAACCCAAUCAUCACUUACCCUGCCUGGAGAUUCCAUGGAAAUCGAUAAUCAAUUGAGCUUAUUUCAUCUUCUCAAGGCUUAUGGAGAGGCCACUGAAAAGAACCAGUCAGAGCUUGCGGAGGUGAUCCUAAGGUGCGUGGGUGAAAAAGCUAGUCCAGUAGGUGAAACUUGGGAAAGGAUUGCAUUCAAUUUGUCUCAAGAUAUUCAACAUCAAAGUGAUUAUCUAAUGCAGGAGUCUAGCAAGAACUUUGAGGCAGCCUUCAGGGUAUUCUAUCAGGUGUUUCCAUAUUGGAGGUUUGCUCAUUUUGCUGCUAAUUCGGCAAUCCUUGAAGCGAUGCCGGAUGAUGCAGACACGCUACAUAUAGUGGAUUUCAACAUCAGUGAGGGACUUCAGUGGCCUCCGGUGAUUGAGGCGAUGGCAUGGAAACACAAGUCGAUGAGACUGACAUCGAUAAGAUGGGAAGAGGAAGACUCUGCUCACUCUCCUUGGAGAUUUAAGGGCACAAUGAGGCAACUUUGCAACCAUGCCAAGUCUUUUGGUCUAAAGUUGAAAGUGGAAGAAAUGGGAAUCCAUGAUUUGGUGAAUGAGCUAAAGAUGAACAAACGAGGUGGCGCUGGAGAAUGGUUGGCCUUCAAUUGCAUGGUAGGGAUGGGAAAAGGCAAGAGAAGGGAGAUUGUAAAUGAGUUUCUAAACGUAGCGAAAGAAGUAUUGGCAAGUUCAGGCAACUACGUUGCAAGAGACAGGGGGGUCAUAACAUUUGGUGAUGGAGAUGCUUGCGAAAAACUGAAAGACUGCUCAGGAUUUGGCACAUUCUUUAAUGGCCAAUUGAUGCACUAUCAAGCUGUUUUAGAAUCGAUGGAAUCCAACUUCGCAAAGCACCUGGUGCAAGCAAGAAUGGCAAUGGAGUGUCUGUUUGUAGGACCUAAUAUAUGUGGUCAAGCAUGGUUACAAAAAUGGAAGGAGAUAAAUGAAAUUUGCGAUUUUGAUGCAGGCACCGCAUUGGAGGGUUUGAGGGUGAGCUCAGAGAGAUUAAUGGAAGCUAAAGAAAUAGUGAGAGAAAGGGAUACUUCAUUUGAGGUGAGCAUUGGAGGGGUUUCUGGGAACGAGUUAGCCUUGGAGUGGAGAGGCAAUACACUAGUCAGAGUCUCCUCUUGGAGAAACACACAACUGUAG